ACAACAUACGUUACAAAACCCAGUUUCUCAACUCUCUCUCUCUCUCUAAGCUCCACACCUUUGCUUUAAACAGACCAAAGGCCAGACCUUUUUUCUGGGCUUUCAUUGUUGCUUCUGAAAUAGCUGCCUGUUUGUUUUCCGGGAAAUUUUUUUUUCCUGCAGCUGAAGACUGGUUGCUGUGCCCAACAUUCGUUUUCCUUGGCUGCCUUACCCAAUCAUCUUCUCAUGAUCCCAUUUCGCUUGCCGAAGCUGCUUGCCUUUUGUAGGGUUGUUGAUUUUUCUGGAUUUUGGAGAUGAAGAUUGAGAUGGGUUUAGGAGGAGGGGUUUGGAAUGAUGAAGAUAAGGCCAUGGUUGCUGCAGUUUUAGGAACUCGAGCUGUCGAUUACUUGAUUUCGAGCUCGGUUUCUUUGAUUGAGAAUUCGUGUAUGGGGAUAGGGACUGAUGAGAAUUUGCACAACAAGCUCUCGGAUCUUGUGGAGCGUACGAAUGCAUCGAAUUUUAGCUGGAAUUAUGCCAUUUUCUGGCAGAUUUCUAGGUCCAAGUCUGGGGAUUGGGUUUUGUGUUGGGGUGAUGGUUCUUGUAGAGAGCCUAAGGAAGAUGAAGAGUCCGAAACCACGAGGAUUCUCGGUCUUAGGCUUGAGGAUGGGACCCAGCAAAGGAUGAGGAAGAUAGUGCUGCAAAAGUUACACAAUUUGUUUGGGAGCUCAGAUGAGUAUAAUGGUGCUCUUGGAUUAGACCGGGUCACUGAUAUGGAGAUGUUCUUGCUUGCGUCGAUGUAUUUUUCAUUUCCAAGAGGAGAAGGGGGUCCUGGCAAGUGCUUGGCAUCUGGGAAGCAUGUCUGGCUCUUGGACUUAUUGAAAUCAGGGUCGGAGUAUUGUGUUCGAUCGUUUCUUGCCGAAUCUGCUGGAAUUCAGACCAUUGUUUUAGUCCCAACAGAUGUUGGUGUAGUUGAAUUGGGUUCGGUGAGAUCCAUAGGGGAGCGAUUAGAGUUGUUGCAGUCCAUAAGGUCACUGUUUUCUACACAGUCCUCGCUCUUAAGGGCCAAGCCAGUGGCAGGUGUGCCGGUGAUUGGAAGGAGGAUAGAUGAAAAUGUCCAACUAACUAAUUUGAGUCCUGUGGAGAGAGAGGAAGUAGUUCCCAAGAUUUUCGGGCAAGAGUUGAACUCGGGGAACUCAGUCCGGCCUCGUUAUAGAGAAAAACUUGCUGUUAGAAAGUUGGAGGAGAGGCCGUGCGAUGUGUACUCAAAUCGAAAUAGGAUUGCAUUUUCAAGUCCCCGAAAUGGUAUUCAUGGUUCAAGUUGGGCGAAUAUUCAUGAUAUGAAACAGGGGAGCCCAAUUGAGAUGCAUGUUUCUCAAAGUCCGGUGAAUAAUUUACAGGAGCUUGUCAGGGAUGAUUUUCGGCAUAACCAUUAUCACCCACAGAAGCAGGUGCCAAUACAAAUUGACUUUUCAGGGACCACCUCAAGGCCUUCUGUCGUUUCCCGACCCAUUGUUGUGGAUUCUGAAAAUUCAGAUGCUGAAGCGCCAUGCAAGGAAGACCAGCCAGGCACAGCUGAUGAAAGGAGGCCGCGGAAAAGGGGUAGGAAGCCUGCAAAUGGAAGAGAAGAACCACUCAAUCAUGUGGAGGCAGAGAGGCAGCGGCGAGAGAAGCUAAACCAGCGGUUUUAUGCUUUAAGAGCUGUUGUUCCCAAUAUAUCCAAGAUGGACAAAGCAUCCUUGUUGGGAGAUGCCAUUGCUUACAUCAACGAGCUCCAGGCGAAGCUUAAAGUCAUGGAAACAGAGAGGGAGAACCUCGGUGGCACUUCAAAAGAUGUGUCAGCUUUGGGGGCUAGCUCAGGUUUUGGAAUUCAGAACCAGGCACCUGAUGUCGAUGUUCAAGCUGUUAACGAUGAGGUUAUCGUAAGGGUGAGCUGCCCUUUGGAUUCACACCCUGCAUCAAGAGUCAUCGAAGCAUUCAAAGAGGCACAAAUCACAGUUGUUGAGUCAAAACUUGCAGCAGCAGACAAUACUGUCUCCCAUACUUUUGUAGUGAAGUCUCAAGGAUCGGAGCAGUUGACGAAGGAGAAGUUGAUUGCAGCAUUUUCCCGGGAAUCCAACUCAUUACAGUCAUUGUCAUCAGUCGGGUAGUGCGAGAACUGCAAUUAACAUAAUCCAAGGUAUAAUACUGAAGAACCCAUUUAAAAGUUUCUUCAGAUGUUUUUGAUAUACAGCAGGGAAUCCGAAAAGGAAUAGCAUUGCUAGCUAGAGUUAGACAAAUAACUACCUAAUGACCAAGUAGGGAGCAAGAUUUCUGUGAUUAUUUUAUAGCAUACAUAUUUUGGUGUAAGUAUUCUUGCAAGGUCGAUUUCAUUUGUAAGUUCAAUCGAUCCUCAAGGUGUUGGUUAUGAAGAAGCUGAUAGAUUUGUUUUGUUUCUUAAAUGUUAGUUUCAUUAUUUUCCCUUCA